CCUUCCCUCUAUUUACUUCGGCCGCAAGCGUCAAUCAAUUUUUAGCGCCGUUUGCUGCGGGAUUCUCUAAAAAAUAAGCAAAAAGUGGAAUUCCUAUCAUCCAGGGCGUGCGUGCGUUGGCGAACGGUGAAACAGCGGAAUCGAACGCGCAAGGAUUUCUCCAAACAGGCGCUCACUUGCGGCCACCAUGGGUGAACAACUACCGACUGUUUCCUUGGAGGCACUUCAGUCUGCCGGCAAUACGCUGGAACGCCAUGGGUUGAUUGAUGUGGAUGUGCCGGGUUUACUGGAGCUGACGGGGGUAACGCAAGCCGGCACGCCGACCGCAAGCGGGUUGAGCGAUUUCGAUUAUCAGCAGCUUAGCAAUCUGUCGAUGGGCUUCAAGGACCUGAACCAGCUAUGCACGGUGAACAAGGUUCCCAUACCGUCGGAAAUAAUGGAACAUUUUAAUCACAUAAAAUGCCACUGUAUGAUGGGCCUGUUUCCGGAGAUAGGUCGUGCGUGGCUUACAAUCGAUACGGAUUUAUACAUAUGGACCUACGAAAAUGCACGCGAUGUUGCCUACUUUGAUGGGCUUUCGCAGGUGAUUAUAAGCGUGGGAUUAGUAACACCCAAACCGGGCCUGUUUGUAGCGGAUGUGAAGUAUCUGCUUAUCCUUACCACUCCGAUCGAAAUCGUCGUCCUCGGUGUGACGUUCGGAGACGCAAACAAUGGCACACCGAACCGCAGCCUGUCCGGGCAGAACAGUGAGGAGAUGCAGCUAAUGCACACGCCCAUCUUCGUGCUAAACACGGACAACGUUGCCAUCAUGUGCGUGCAGGGUACGGACGAUGGGAGAAUUUUUCUCGGCGGGCGGGACGGUUGCCUGUACGAGGUGAGCUAUCAGGCCGAAUCGAACUGGUUCGGAAAGCGGUGCCGCAAGAUCAACCACUCGCAGGGGCUGAUGUCGCACCUAGUGCCGGGAAUAUUUAAAAUUUUUAGUGAAACGGAUUCGGUAGAAAAGAUUACGGUGGACAACACGCGCAACCUGCUGUACGUGCUCAUGUCGAAGGGUUCGAUCGAGGCGUGGGAUUUGGGCAAGGAUGCCGGAAGCACUAGGCGCAUCGCCCGACUGUCGUACAAGGAAAUCAUCUCGAGCGCAUCGAUGAUUUUACGCACGAUCGAUACGGCCGUGUUUCAUCCCAUCACCGCCAUCUGUCCACUAACGUUGGACGAUUCGUCCAGUUUGCAUCUGGUGGCGAUAGCGGAGAGUGGUGUGCGCUUCUAUUUCUCCACCGUGCCACUACAUCUGCACGGAUUUUACAUUCAACAGCAGCAACUGUUGCAGCAGCAGCAGCUGCAGCAACAGCAAUCAUUGUUCCAGCAGCAACAACAGCAGCUUCAACUACAACAGCAGCAGCAGCAGCAACAACAAAUGCAUCAACAGCACCAGCCGCAUCAGCCACAGCAACCGUCUCAACCGUCGCCGCAGCAACAGCUGGGUGCUUCACCUAACCAAGAAUUCCAACAAAAUGCCAACCUUCCGGAACCGCCGCAAGGUAAACCACAGGGACUGUACCUACUCCACGUUCGCGUCCCACCCGGCAUCACCGGGAAUUUGCUCCUAACGAAACCAAAGCUGGUCCAUUCGGCCCACUACAUACAGGGGUCGUUGCUGAUGAUAUCGCGCCAGCAGCAGGACCAAGAUUUGCUCACCUGUCUCAGCUCGGAGCAGUUCCAGUCGCAGCACAACCUGGUCGAGUCCACCACGUACAUGCCACUGGACGGGCAGGUAUGGGCCAUCGCUGACGUGAUGAGGAAAGAUCGCGUCUCCAUCACAACACCGCUCCGGAAGGCACAGAAUCCCCGCAAGGUGGCACUCCUCACGAACCAAGGCGUGCACAUCGUGUCGAUCCUGCAAUCGGUGGACAUCCUUCAGCAACUGCUCGUCGGUUGCCACGGGCCACACAACGAGGCGGUCAAGAUGUACUUUAGCAAGCAAACGGAACCGGAAGCGUGUGCGACGGCGCUUCUGCUCGCCUGUCGCGAAUCGUUCCGUGGUACGGAGGUUGGAGAUUGGGCAACGCAGUCGUUCAUACUUUACGGCGGCGAACCGUACUUUGAUGCACCGAUCGUAAGCGACAACCGGCAGCUAGGGUUUAGCUCGCCCAUCGCCGGCGGAGGCGGCUACGGAGCGAUGGAUUCGAGCGUGCAGCAGCAGCACCACCAUCAUAAUGCAAACUUCCUUGGCCCGAGUGGCAGGUUGUUCGCGUCUUCCACACCGUACUCGACACCCGGCAGCGGUGGCCGUGGCGGCAUGGUGUCUCCCGUGCUGCGCCAGCAGCAACAGCAACAGCAGCAUCCCUCGGUGUACGGUGCAGCGAACGUAAACAACAACAACGAAACGGUCGAUGCGUCGCUGUUUCACUACUCCGCCAAACAUGCCGGGCUGUAUCUGUACAUGAGCCGGAUGUUGCGGUGCAUAUGGCGCAAGCCGUGCGUGGACGAGCGCCUUUACUCGACGAUUUCGCAGCAGGAUUGCGUCGUGCUGCUGGAGGAUUUGUACGCCAUCAGACGGUUCCUGGAGAAUGUGACGGUGAGCAAUCUGCUCGGCUAUACCGGUGGCGGCGGUCGUAGCAAUGGGACGUCGCUGAAGCCAAACGUGGGCAGCCUCGGAUCGGCAUUUUCGCAAGGACAAUCGGGGCUGUUACACGGCUCCACCGAUCGAGGAGCUGGAUUCGGCAGCAGUGUGCUAUCGUCCCAGCCAGGCUACAGCAUAGGUGGCGCUGGAUACGGCUAUCCGCAGGGAAAUGCCGCAGUCGUGUCGCAGAAGCACUGCACCGAAGAGGCACUGGUCGAGGAGCGGAAAUCACUCGAAGCGUUAGUGCGGCUAAUAAAGCAAGCGUGCGAAGUAAUCGGGCUGUGGAAGGUGAUCUGCGAACACCAGUGCCAUCUGUUGGUCGGGAAGCUAACUAAGGAGGAGCAAAGCGUGCUGCAAGGGUGCACCUUCCGCGAUCUCAUCCUAUCGCGCAUCGACGUCUGCGGACUGCUGAUAGUGACGCUCAUCAACUCGUACCUGGCGGACAAUGCAAGCGUCGGUUCGAUUUCGUCCAAGCUGCGCGAAGUGUGCCCAACGCUGUACCGCCAGGAGGAUGCCGUUUCGCACAAGGCAACGGAAAUUCUGUUGCUGUCCCGCGGCUGUACCGAUCGCGACAAGAAAGAGGAACGGCUCCGAACGGCGCUGCAGCUGUGCAAGAGUGCCGCACCAAAUUUGCCGCUCGGCGCGCUCUGCCAGCAGUUUGUUUCGGCCGGCUUUUACACCGGCGUGAUCGAGCUUUGCACCGUGUGUGCGGCGAAAAGUGAUCCCAACGAGGCCGGGCUGCUGUUCUACCGCAAUAACGAGGCGAUGGACAAUCAGGAAGGGUUCGUCGCGUUCCAGAACCGGAUGAGCUGGUACAAGGAGGUGAAGGUGAUGCUGGACUACGUGUACGAUACGGCCGGUGGGAACGGUGGGGGUGGAGCUGGCGGCGGCGGCGGCGGCAACGGCGGCGGCGGUGGUGCACAACAACCGAAACCGGACAGUAUCUACCCAUCGCUCGAAGACGACGAGCUGCUGCAGGAUCGUGCGGCCGGCAAUCAGGAGGUGCUGCAGAUCAUCGGCCAGGCGCUGCAGAGCACCGACCCGCUGCUCCACAUCGCCCUCUACGAGUGGUUGCUGUCGAAGGAUUUGUUUGCGGAGCUGCUCGAAAUCACCGAACCGUCGCUCGGUGUGUUCCUGAGCCGGGCGAUGGCCCGCACGCCGGAAAACCUCGUGCUCGCCGACCUGCUCUGGAAGUACCACGAGCGUAACGGGCAGCAUGCGGCCGCUGCCCGCAUUCUUGACAAGCUCGCCAACGUGGCCAGCGACAGCAUUAACCUGCAGCAGCGCAUCGAGUAUCUUGCCCGGGCGGUGAUGUGCAUGCGCUCCGAGUCGGUUGGCUUUUCCGCGCACAACGGCGUGCUGCUGAAGGAUCUGGAGGAUAAGCUCGAGGUGGCACAAAUCCAGCGCCAGGUGUACGAUGCACUUGCCCUGCUGACGCACCACACCGACGAACGGUACGAUGCGCUGAAGCUGCUCGAUUCCAACCUCUACAACCUGACGCAGCUCUACUCUGACUUUGCCGAACAGUACGAGCUGUGGGAGUGUAAGCUGACGAUACUGAACUGCUCGCACCAUAACGAUCCACUGCUGAUCGAGUCCGUGUGGACGCACAUUCUCGACCGGGAGCUGCAGGGGCGCGACAGCUGUGCCGAGCGCUGUCGGCGGUUGCUGGCGAAGGUGAAAAGUUUGGCGCUGGAGUACGAUAGCUCCGGGUGCUGUUUUCCGCUCGCGUUCAUUGUGCGCGAGGUGGAGAUCCGUUGCUUCCGGCUGGGGAUGCACAGCUCGCCCGUACCGGAUGCGUUGAUCGAGAUGAACCUGGACAUCGAGGAGCUGCUGAACAUUUACUCCCGCCUCGUCUCGAUGAACGAACGCAUCUGGGUGACGGAGAACGAUGAGCUGUAUCUGAUUCGAUCGACCGCCGGCCUCCUAUCGCUGAUCGUGAACCAACCGAAGCUGAUCCCGUUCAAGGAUCGCCGAAAGGUGAUGUCCAAAUCGCAGGACCUCAUCUCGGCCGCGCUCAACAUCCUCUACACCAAACCGGACACGCAGCCCCUGAUCGAUGUGUUCCGCGAUACGCAGUCGAAGCUGCAGCGAAUUUUGUAACAACGAUGUGCAACAGUUUGACUACACUUUCCGACCGUUAACGGCCGAGAAUGAUGGAAAAUCACGCUCGCUCAAACGAUCAACAGACCGAAGCAUGACGAUUAACGUGUGUGUGCGUGUGUGUGUGUGUUGGGUAUAUUUUUCAAUUUUUGUUUGUUUUCCUUUUUUUUACGAAAAAUGUUAGCAACUUUGGUCAACGUCAUCCUCUAAUCGUGGCUGUCGGUUAAGGAUGAUGAUGGUACUCGGAACGGUACCGACGGAAUGGUAAAGCCCGAAAACAUAUAUUAGAUAAUGUUUGCCGAAUAAAACACGUCAAUGUUGUAUAGAAUGUAAA